CAUAUGUAAUGUAUAAAGAAGUUUCCCUUCCUUUUUAUUACCUUUUGUUUAAGUAAACUUAUUUCCUUCUUGGCCGAUCAACUUUCUCGCGGCGAUUUUCUCGCUCUCCAAACACUCCUCAAUUUUCGUUCACUGCAAAAUCCCUUCGAUCCAUUCAGAUUCUAAUCUGUCCUAACGCCGAUCUCCUCCUUUAUUUUGUUUCCCGCACUCUACUGGGAAUUGUUGACUUGAGAUUUUCAGGGAGCAUAAAUGCCAGUUCCGAAACUAAAGGCCUCGCACCAUGCAGAUGUGAUGAAAUUAGAGGAGGGAAAUGAUGCUCUGGAUUCAGUGAUAAGGCAAGCAAUUGGAAAAGACUCCUCUCUUUCUUUCUCAAGGGCUGGUAAUAAUCCAGUACAGUGGUUCCAAUUACUCCAAGCUCUAGAUCAGCAGCAAGAUGCCGCAGGUUGGCCUUUGCUUACUCCUUUGAAGGUGCAAAUGCAGAAGUGUGACAAGUGUUCCCGAGAAUUUUGCUCACCAAUUAAUUAUAGAAGGCAUAUGCGUGUGCACCAUCGGUUGAAAAAGCUUGAUAAGGACACAACCAAAAAUAGGGAACUCUUGGGAAUCUUUUGGGACAAGCUCUCUGAUGAUGAGGCCAAGGAGAUAUUAUCUUUCCAGGAUGUCGCAUUACAGGAAGUUCCAGGGUCUUCAAUUUUGGCGUCAUUGUCAAAUCUUAUCCGGAAACCUGUUCUUUCCUCCCUUCCACAAUAUUAUUUGAGAGCUGGUUUUUCCCUUUUGGAUAUGAUUCAAGCUAAGCCUUCCAGUUUUCCUUUGUCUUCUGUCAAACUAUUCAGCAUUCUUGACGAUGCAAGUGAACGAAUGUUCCUUUGUGGAGCAAUUGAAUCGAUGCAAAAAUAUAUUUUUGAUGGGGAAGCUGGGAAGGUUGGCCUUGAAGCAAAAAAUGUAGUUGCUUUCACAAGCUAUCUAGUGGAACAGAAACUGGUUAAAGUAUGGCUUGCUGACAAGGAUGCUGAAGCUUUAAGAUGCCAAAAGUUGCUGGUUGAAGAGGAAGAAGCUGCACAGAUAAGACAUGCUCAGAUCUUGGAAAGGAAGAGACAGAAAAAGCUCCGGCUGAAAGAACAAAAAACUAAGGAGCUAAGGCAAGGGCAGGCAGAUCUUAUGGAGCGAGUUGACGACACAUUUGAGGCGGUAGCUUCAGCUGAUGAACCCUGUCAAUUAGCUACAUCUGAAUCUGAUACUAAUAUGCACAGUGUUACACUGCCAGAUCGCCAUCCUUCAUCUCUUGAGCCUUUCCAAUUUCCUUGCACGAUUGAAGAUGUGGAUUUGGAACUGCAGGCUGGACCUGACACUGGAAACAGUGAUCCUGGCACCAGUCAUAUUGUUGAACAUAGGAUACAAAGAAAUAGCUACAGACACAGAGCUUCUCGAUUUCACUUGUCUCCAAAGUCACAUAGGAAUCAUGUCCCAAAUGGUUUCCAUGCAAGUCGCAGUAAACAAGCUCCAAAAUUUGGCAUGGUGCAGAAGCAUGGAAGUCACAGAGACUUGAAAUCUCUGCCUGCAAUCAAUGGCAAUAGAAAAUGGAGCCGAAAACCUAAAUCGGGGAAUGCUGUGAAAAGUAGAGUACAUAAAGAAGUAGUAAGCCAACCAGAUCCGGAUAAAAAACAUGAGGUUCUGAUUGGAUCUAUAUCAGUUACACUUGGAAACUGCAACGAACAAGAGGGUAACAACUUUGAUGGGGCCAGGGGUGAUUGUCUGCCAGAGCAUCAAAUGCCAAAAAAAUCCAAUGUUCAGGACAAGCAUAAUAGGCCUGAUUCUUCUCAUAGUAACACAAAUCGGUCUACAGUAAAACUUUGGAGGCCUGUGAGUAGAAACGGAAGCAAAGGCUUGACUCAAGUUGAAAAUAUUGAUAGAGAAUCUCGAAGUGAUAGGCCUGUUGUUAACGAUGGUAAUCAAUCCAGUGAAAACUGUCAAAGUUUGUUUUCUGUCGAUGAUAAUUAUGAUAGGGCAGAGAAUAAUAGCUCUUCACUUCCGCAAGAGAGUCCGCAUCCAGGAGGCUUGCUGUUCUCAUGCCAAGCAGCAAAAGCAUUUCUCAUGGAGAGGUGGAAGGAAGCCAUUGCCGAUAAACAUGUCACUUUGGUUCUAUCUCCAGACUCGGAAUACGUGGAGAUUCAAAGUGACUGUCUAGUAGAUAUAGACCAGUCAUCAGAUAUUAAAAAUCGGAGUCUACUUGGCAAUAAUACAGAGAAUCAGUCAGUUGAUGCGGGGACGCUCGAGUCUUCCGCCAGCAAUGGAGGUAAAGGAAAAUUCAGAACAAAGCCCGAGAAAGGUGUAAAGUUGAAGUAUAUACCGAAGCAGAGAGGUCUCCCGUAAUAAAGAUGGAGACGGGAUUUUUCUCCCUUUUUUUGUUAUACAAAUGUGCACAGUUUAAUGGGUAUUACAUUCUUAGCAGAGGUUCCAGUUUUACUGAAGGUCUUCUGUCCAAAAUUUUAAGAAAGAUUGUGAGAAAAUACAAUAGUUGCAUAGUUUGAUUAGUGCAAUACUUUUUUGGAGCAAGGGUUCAAUUUUUUUGAUUCUGUAAUAAGUAUGGUUUUCUAGGUAUGGCUUAAGUGUGUCCUUGCAAUUUUUUGAUUUAGUAUAUUGGCCAAUUUUAUCAGAAAGAAGAAUGUGGUUUGGCUAUCA